UGCGAUCUGUUAAUUGUCUCUGAAGUGUAUCCAGCAGCCCGAGAGCAGAUACGAAUAAGCAAUGAAAGGUUUCAUCGUCGCCACCCUCUGGCUAGUCCUGACGACGAGCGCUGCCCUCGGUUCACCCGUCGGCAGCUGCUCCACGUUCUCCGGCUCGGGCGCGGUAACCUUCCUGCGGGACGACAGGAACUGCUCCGUCUUCUACGAGUGCGUCUCCACCGAGCCCACCAUGAUGGUGUGCCCCAGCGGGCUGCACUUCAACGCGGUGCUCAAGGUGUGCGACUGGCCGGCAGCCGCGGGCUGCUCCGCCGCCACGCCGGCUCCCGUCAAGUCGACGGUCUCCACGCGCGCCACGCCCCAACCCGAGGCGGACAAGCCGGAGCCGCCCGACGCCCAGACCGUCAUCUUCACGCGCGAGCCCUCCAGCACGGCGCCCGCGCCCGUCGACGUCAUUCCAGUGAAGCCGCAAGGAAGCACGGAGUGCCCCGCCGUCGGCGGCUGUCCCAGGUACAACGGCGACGACACUCUGGUGAUCCAGCUGCCGCACGCUUUCAACUGCAGCCGCUUCUGCAAGUGCGACCACGGGCAGGCGGUGACGUUCGAAUGUCCCAGCGGGCUGCAGUACAACAAGGCCGAAGGCAUCUGCGACUGGCCCGUCAACGCCAAGUGCGUGCCCGACAGAGGAUUCGCUGGUAUGUGGUCUCCGCCGCAGCCGGAUGUUCCCGCCGAGUCGUCCAGGCGACGACGCUCCUGGAACCUCAUCCGUUUCCCCUAGUCACCAAGUAUGGCCCAGCUUGGCGGACAUAUUAUAAGGAACUUGCAGCAACUCAUAAUUUUCCUGACAUUACUUGGCAGCUCUGUUAUGAAACCGCUUUGCUGGAAUCCAUUAACUAGUUGACAAUGACCUAUGGGGCGUUCGACAUAAUUAAGACUGAGACAUAAAUAUAGAAUAAAAAGUUACUUAUUACAGUGGGACAAUGAUAAGUAUGUGUACGUACACACAGACUCAUUCACACAAACGUGAUCGAACGUACAAAUACACACAAACACAUACAUACGUUCAUCUAGGACUGAUCUAUAAAAUUACUGGUUGAGUGUGGAAUAUUUAAGUAACGAGUGUUUCUUAAAACUGUAAAGUGUCAGCAUAUUAAAUGACGUUGCAACACUACAA